AUGCCUCGCUGGGCACGACCACCGCCUGAGAGAGCGCAGCUGCUGCCAGACCCCAAGAAGAGCGAUGCGCCAACGCCUGACGACGUCAUUGCGGAACUCGACCAAGUCGAGCUGCAACUCGUCCAAGUCCUUCAGGAAAACGGUGUCGGCGAGAUCUGCCGCACGAUCAAGCGCGAGAUGGACACUAUCUGGGCCGUCCAAACUGGCUUCAAGACGCUGGCGAGCGCCGGGCACUUUUACUUUUCGUGUGGCGAGCAGAUAUUCACGGUGACUCCGUCCGACGGCUUUUACGAUGCCGACGGGCUCGUGCUCGCGCUCUUUGCACUGCGCAAGUUCCCGCACCAACCAGAAUUGCUCUGCCCGGUCCUCGACGCGAUCAACAUUUACGCCAAGCUCGAUGUCGAGCGGGCGCUGACAUUUUGCGCCGUCGACGACGGCACGCAGUUGCUCCUCGACUGCAUUCGCAACCACGGUGACAAGCCCGACGUCAUUGCCCAUGCGCUCAACGCCCUUGGCAGCCUGAUGCUCAACGAUGACAUUCGAAUCGCGAUUGCCACCACGGUUCUAGUCGAAGAGCUGCUCGAUCUCCUGAGCCGCUACAAAGCGUCGCUGAGUCUUGCGCGCGCGUUUCUGUAUCCACUGAGCAACCUCGUCGUGCUGCGGGAGCUCGGCCAGGACUUUGUGAGCCGGAACGGGAUCCCAACCGUGCUCCACGCUUUGCAAAUUCACAAGGACGACGCGCAGACGGCGUGGUAUGCGUUGGCACUCCUCAACGCCCUCGCCACCGACAGCCACCACACGACGAUCAUGGCCUCCGUGCACGACCGCCGCGGCGUGCGUCUGAUUGCGCGCGCGAUUGCCAAGCACAUUGACGUCGAAGAGAUCGUGCUCGAAGGUCUCCAGCUGCUCGAAUGCAUCGCCAACGUUCCCGACUGCUACCGUGUCAUCAACGAGAACCAUGUCUUGGACCUUGCGUACCGCGCAGUUGCCUUGUACAAGGGCCCGGCGUACGCGCACACGCGGCUCGAGCUCACGGGCCGCAUCACGACGUUCCAGAAAUGCGCGAUCCAAGACGGUCACAUCUACGCUUUGCACGAAGGCGUGACGCACGGCGACGCCGUCUUUUACUCGGUGUUUUUGCUGCUCAUUGCCAUUUACGCCGCCGUGUCGCCGUACAGCCUCGCGACCAACACGGCGCCGCUCGUCAACCGGCUCCGCGUCCCCCCGUUGCUCAGUUCAAUUCCCGAACUUUACGGGUACCUCAACAGCGCGCCGUUCACGUCGUCGCUCUUCCCGACGACGUGGUACAACGGCGAUCCGCUUGACAAUCCUCGCAUCGUCUUUGGCAGCCAACUCCUCAUCGGCGAUGUCCAAGCCCGUCAAGUGCGCGCGACCUCUAACCGUACGGUUAGCACCUACUCGCUUGCGACGGUAACCAGCGCGCCAAAGUUUGGCGCCUGGUCGGACGGCGCGGCGUCGCAGUCGGUUGACAUGACCUUGCAUGGGUAUGCGAUCCCUGCCGGCGGCUUUCUCUCGACGCUGCCGACAGAUGCGGCAUUGGCGCCGCAGUGCUCAUCUGCAAAGUGCGUGCUCUCGCAGUGGCAGCUAACGCAGUGGCUCGACGCCGACACCCGCGCGCUCGUGCUCGAGUGGAACCUCUACAACACAGCCGACGACGCGUGCGUCGCCUUCUCGCUCUCGUUUGUCGUUGAUGUCGCGAGCGGUGGCAUUUACUCGGAGAUCUCGGCGCAGUCGGUGCUCUUCAGCCCCUAUCACGGCGUCUUUCUCUUCGCCGGACUCUUCUACCUCGAAGUUGCGCUCAUUCUAUGCACGCUCAGCAUCCUCUACGAUCUGAUUGCCAAGGUGCGUCGGUACCGCCAGUACUACUUUUACAUCCCGAGCCACGUCCUCGACGCGGUGCUCGUCGUGCUCUGGCUGGCCAUGUGGGCGUCUCGCAUUCAGUUUUUGGCCAUGACCACGUACAGCCUCUCGGUGCAGCUCGCGGGGCCGAGCUUUGUGUCGCUGCAGAAUGUCAUCGCGGUCGCCAAGCUGGAGCGCGUGCUCUUUGGCUGCAUCUCGCUGCUCAUGUGGCUCAACUACCCCCGGUACCUGGCCUUCAAGAAGCUGCGCUACCUCCUCUGUGUCCUCGACGCGUCGCUGGCCAUGAUUGCGAGCUACGCGCUGUACAUGGCGGUCGUCGUCGUUGGUUUGGCGCAGUUUCGGUUUCUCUCAACGACGUCAGCGUCGCUCUGGACCAAUGUUGUCGGCGUCUUCCACGAUGUUGUGUCGCAGGACGCGACCCACGCCAUCCUGAGCCUUGGCGCCGAGUGGCCCAGUGUCCUGUACCUCGUCAGUAUCAACAGCGUCGUCGUUCCGUUUGCGACGAUGGUUCUCGCGCCGCAUCUCCAGGCGGGCUACGCCGUCUCCAGUCGCGAGCCGGACAAACCCAUCGAGCCGCCCAAGCGCACGGAGACCAAGUCCAAGCCUUCUUUCAAGCGCACCAUGACCACCUUCACGCGCGAUCUCAAGAUCAUGCUCGAGCAGCGCCAGCGCACGAUUCGAAAGCACGCGUUUGCGCCGUGGGAGCAGUCGGACGCGAGCUGGAGCGAGCGCGCUAUUCAUGUGGACGCGGCCAAGCCCUCGACGGCGCCCGCGCUCCUCGCAAAGCUCCGGCGCCUCGUGACGACCGCCGACGCCGACGCAACUGCGCUUCACAACGGCGUCGCGGGGCUCUUGUUGCGCCUCGAAGAAGCCCACCACCUCUUGCGCGCGCAGUACGGCCUCCGCGACAAGCCCCGCACCCAGACGCAGCCGAGGAUGCUCCGGCAGCUCAAGACGCCGCCCGAGUCGUACGUGCACCGCCGCCAGAGCUCGAUCAAGGACAAGCGCGAGGCCAGUUUGUAG